AUGUCAUUCCCUGGCUCGACGUUCCACCCGGGAUCAACGCCUGGAACACAAGAAAUCAAUACGGCUGACACUCCAUCUGCAGAACAUCGGAGAAGUGCCAACUUUAACCCUGACGACUAUAUUAUCCCAUGGGUUGGUUUGCCUUCCUUUGACCGCGAACCCCACUCGGAUGAAAUGAAACAAUCAUGCAAUCGUCUGUAUAAAGCUGCUGUAAAAGGUGACUGGAUAAUGGCAAAACAAAUCAUAAACGAAGAUGAGACCAACAGCAUAUUAGGUCUGAAUAUUACAUAUGGAAAGUACACCACACUUCAUGUUGCAGCCGGAGCGCCACAUGUUCACUUUGUGAAUCAAUUGCUGGAAAUGAUGGCCACGCGGCCAGAAUACCGAAAAUAUCUCUUGCGACUAAAAGAUGGAAGAGGUAAUACUGCCUUCUGUUUAGCUGCGGCUGCUGGAUCUAUAGAAAUUAUUAAAACUAUGAUGGCACAUGAUCCAAGCCUGCAAGGAAGAUUGGGUGGGGAAGGAAAGACGCCACUCUACAUGGCUACUUUGUUUGGACAUGAGCAAAUGGCCUCGUACCUGUAUGGGCUGUAUGUUGAACCGGUACCUCGAGGAGAAGAUCUGCUUGGGGUAUUUUUCAGUUGCAUAAAUACUGGUCUCUAUGGUCUAGCCGCUGAAGUGUUGAGACAACAUCCCAGUUUUGCUUUAAAACGCGAUGCUGAACACUCAAAGACAGCUUUACAUUUGCUGGCUGAAAAGCCUUCAGCGUUCACCUGUAGACCUUCUUCAGAAAUAUGUAUGAGGCUCGAACGACGUGGCUGUCCAGCCCAUGCAUUAGUCAAGGCUCUUUGGCGCAGCGUAACAACAAACGAGGAAUUCGCAGAACUAGUAAAAACUCCUACGCACCUAUUGUUUGACGCAUUAAAAUCAGGAAAUUCAGAAUUUGUAACGACGCUUGUUCAUUACUAUCCUGCUUUGUUAUGGGAAAAGGAUAGCGAAAAUCAUACCAUAAUACAUGCCGCAGUUUCACUUCGCCAAGCGAAUGUCUGCAAGUUAAUACACGAGAUAGGCCUGAUCAAGAACGUCAUCCUUGCCCUCAAAGAUGACCGAAAAAAUACUAUGCUCCAUUUAGCUGCAAGAUUAGCUCCCAAAAGCCAAUUAAAUAAAUGGUCUGGAGCAGCUUUGCGAAUGCAGCACGAAUUAAAAUGGUUCGAGGACGUGAAAAGGAUUUUGCCGCCUUCAUACAUAGACAUGAAAAACUCAGACGACCAAACAGCUCAAGAAGUAUUCUCUUCUGCACAUGCAGAGUUAUUAAAAGAGGCAGAAAAAUGGAUGAAUGACGCAGCAAAAUCAUGUAUGGUCGUGUCAAGUCUUCUUGUCAGUGCUUUGUUUACGACGGGAAUUACUGUGGCGCUGGGAGGGAAUAACAGUAGUGAUCAUCAUUUGAAAAGGGUCUCGUAUCAAUUUUUCAUCAUAUCAGAUGCGGUUGCACUCUUCAUGGGCUUGAUUGCAACAUUAAUGUUCUUUUACAUUCUCACCUCACGUUACGCGGAAAAAGAUUUUCUAGAAGACCUACCCUCAAAGUUGCUCAAGGGACUCAUAUUUCUCUUCAUUUCCAUCAUAGCCCUGAUGACGACAUUCAGCACGGUGUUCUUCAUUGCUUAUGGUGUCAAGAACGCACUCCCUUAUCUUGUACUCCUCUCUGCAGGCGUGGCAUUGGUCGUCUUUUUUAAGCUGCUGCUUCCAUUUGGUCAGGAGAUACGUGCUUCCACCACUUCCAAGUCUUUAUUUGAACCAAGCCACAAUUAA